GUUGGAACGCUUAUGAAAUGGCCUAGUCAUGUUUGCUUUGAUGAACAUUUGAUAUCUUUGGAAUUAGAAUUGUUCGAAAGUUCGUACUUUGACCGGUGUGGACCGAAUGAUUACGAAAUGGUAUUUGAAUAUUACAUAAUCUUGGAAACUCAAUUUUUCGGUGGUGCUUCUUUGUUUGUUUAUAUGCAAGAAAUAUGUCGUGAUGCAUGA